AUGUCGCAGUUUGUGUAUCCACAAGAGGUAUCGCCAUUCAUCAGCACCUUCUCGAGCUACCCGUGGACGUUCCAGGAGAAGGGCGCGAACUACCAAGGCCUGGACUUCCAAUACCUGAACGAUCUGCAUGGCGAGAUGGCCACCACCAUGGACGCCGAGAGCGCGUGCGUAAUCGCGUCCGCGAAGAAGAGCUUCUCGCAGCUGCACCGACCGCAGCCGAGCGCGUGCGCGCCCAGCCCGGAUUCCGUGUCCACCACGCUGCAGGGGUCGUCCCCGAGCUGCUCGACCACCGUGUCGCUGUUGACCUCGCGCUCGUCCAGCGCGUGCAGCAUGGGCAAUUCUACACAAAACAAACAGAUAGACUCGUCGGCCAGUACCGACGCCGGUUGCCGAGACUGUGCCAACGACGACAAGUCUGAGUUCUCCGAGAACAUCCUGAAGUUCCCGCCCAUACUGCCCUCGCAGACGAGCAGCAACCGUGGCCUGAUCUUCGUGUCCAAGAUCUGCCCCCUUUGCGGCAAGAGCUUCACGCGCAGGAGCACGCUGCAGAUUCACCUGCUGAUCCACACCAACCUGAAACCCUUCAAGUGCUCCUUCUGCGACAAGGAGUUCAACGUGAAAAGUAACCUCAACCGCCACGAGCGGAUUCACCGCCAGAAGGCUUCGCCGCCUCUUGCAACCAAGCCUGCUUGCGACCCGCAGCCUGCCGUGCAGACGGCCGCCUCUCGAUAUUGUCUCCAUCCCUCAGGAAAGCCAUCAAAGCCUUCGAAGAGCGCGGCGCUGAAUCGCAAGUCGCAUCGCGGCGCGCGCUACCACAGUCUCGGUUCCGGUCUCUCGACCUCCACUAAUAUUAUCUACCACUAG